UAAAAAAAAAAAAAAAGUUUUGUCCUUAUAUAGUCUUCUUCUGUCUCAAAUUGGCAAUUAAGUAAUCUAGCAAUAAUAAACAAGUUCACAUCCACUGAUCCACACAACAUUCUCCAUGGCUCUCAGCUUACCACACCAAACCAUGAGAAACUCACAUGAGAAGAAACACAUCGCAGUGUUUGUUUUCCCCUUUGGUAGCCACCCCAUUUCCCUCUUAAACCUUGUCUUCAAGCUAGCUCAUGCAUCUCCCAACUUACAAUUCUCAUUCAUAGGAACCCAACACUCCAACAAACCUCUUCUCUCAAAACCCGACAUCCCAGACAACGUCAAGUUCUACACCAUAAGCGAUGGAGUCCCAGAGGGACACGUCCCAGGUAGCCACCCAGUUGAGAGAGUCAACCUUUUUCUUCAAGCUGGUCCUAACAACUUGCAAAAGGGUAUAGAUUUAGCAGUGGCAGAUACAAAAGAGAGAGUCACUUGCAUCAUUGCUGAUGCUUUUGUUACGUUUUCUCUCACUGUGGCUCAGAACUUAAACGUUCCAUGGGUUCUAGUUUGGCUUCCUUUGUCAUGUUCACUCUCAGCACAUUUUUAUACCGACACAAUACGCCAGAAGUGUGGUCCCAACACUGCUAAAGACACCCCUUUGGAUUUCAUCCCUGGAUUUUCUAAGAUGCAAGUUCAAGACUUGCCAGAAGAAGUGAUCAAAAGUGGCACCGAAGAGGAGACACUGUUUUCAAAGACACUAGCUUCAUUGGGGAGUGUGCUGCCACAAUCCGAGGCAGUGGUUGUGAAUUUCUUUGAGGAACUAGACCCUCCCUCGUUGGUUCAUGACAUGAGGUCAAAGCUCAAGUGUUUUCUCUACGUUGGUUUUAUUCUCACUCUUUCACUGCCUCUACCACCCUUGCCUCCUUCGGACACAGAUGAAACGGGGUGCUUGACAUGGUUGGACAAGCAGAAAAAAAGGUCAUCAGUGGCAUAUGUUAGCUUUGGGACAGUGGUGACACCACCUCCACAUGAGGUUGUGGCAGUGGCAGAAGCAUUGGAAGCAAGUGGUUUUCCAUUUCUUUGGUCUCUCAAAGAGCAUCUGAAGGGCCUUCUGCCAAAAGGGUUUCUUGAGAGAACAAAGGAGCAUGGGAAAGUGGUGUCUUGGGCUCCUCAAACUCAGGUGUUGGGGCAUGGUUCUGUGGGAGUGUUUGUGACUCAUUGUGGUAGUAACUCUGUGUUUGAAAGUAUGUGCAAUGGGGUGCCUAUGAUAUGUCGGCCUUUCUUUGGGGACCAUGGGUUGAGUGGUAGGAUUGUGGAGGAUGUUUGGGAGAUUGGUGUGAGAGUGAAAGGUGGGGUGUUCACCAAAGAAGGGUUGGUGAAGUGCUUAAGGAUGGUUCUUGUGGAGGAAGAGGGGAAAAGGAUGAGGGAAAAUGCAGUGAAGGUGAAUAGGGUUGUAGUGGAUGCAGUAGGGCCACAAGGGAGGGCAGCACAGGAUUUCAAGACUUUGGUGGAUUUGGUUUCCAAAUCUUAAGUCAUGCUAUGUUGCAACUUGCAAGCUUUUUCUUUUUAUCUUCUUUUGGCUUGUUUUAUGCUAAUGAUUGAUUAGAUUAUUAGAGUUGUAUGUGAAAAAUAAAUGUCUGGUGUCUGUCGUUCAUUGGCAAAAAAACAUCUGAACAUAAAUAAAGAGCUGAGGAAGUCAGUU